AUGAUCAACUUUUCUAAGUUGGGAUAUGGGGCUGACGAUUUCAGGAAUAUUUUGUUAUUGCUCAAGGACAUACGCAACUCCAAUGUUCGCUUGAAUUAUCAAUCACGUCCAGUGAUAUUAUUCUUACUGACAUUGAUUGCCCUGGCUGGUUUAGGUGUCUACUUCACUGUCCGCAAUGUAAUACAAAGGUAUAAGGAUUACACAAGAAAGCAAAGACUCAUCAGACCAAAUUUGAUUCGUCAAUCAAGCACCAUAUUGCAAAAUGGUUCUCGAGAGAUUUUUAUCGACACACCACUGGGUCAGAUUACUCGCAUCAUUAUCCCUAAACCCAAUAUCGAUCAAUAUGCUGCAGACAAGUAUCUCUAUAAACAGUUCAAAGAAAAGGAGGAUCUUUUCUCAAAACAUUUUAAGAAACCUGUUGCAGAUCUGCGGUUUUUGAACCAAUUGAUUAUUAUCUGGAGGAUUCUUGUACCAAAGUUAUACUGCAAAAACUCCGGUUUGUUGAUUGCCCAAUGCUUCUUUUUGAUCUUCAGAACGUGGUUAUCAUUGUUGGUGGCUAAGCUAGACGGGCAAAUUGUCAAGAAUUUGAUAGCAGCAAACGGUCGAAAGUUUUCUCGCGAUCUUGUGUAUUGGUUGCUCAUAGCCUUACCAGCCUCUUACACAAAUGCUGCCAUUAAAUACUUAACAGAUCGAUUGGCUUUGGGAUUCCGUUCAAAUUUGACCCGCUACAUUCACGACAUGUAUUUGGACAGAAUGAUGGCGUACUACAAAAUCACACUCAACUCAAAUGAACUUGAAAACAUUGAUCAGUACAUAACCAACGAUGUGGCCAACUUCUGUGAUUCGAUAUCCGGGUUGUUUUCUUCAAUGGGUAAACCAUUGAUUGAUCUUAUAUUCUUUUCAGUUUACCUUCGUGACAACCUUGGCACCGGUGCCAUCAUCGGAAUAUUUUCAAAUUAUUUCCUCACUGCGUUCAUGUUGAAAAAAGCUACGCCCCGUUUUGGUGCUCUCACAAAGACCAAAACUCACUUAGAAGGCAAAUACUUCAACCAGCAUUUAAACCUCAUGAACAAUUGCGAGGAGAUUGGAUUUUAUCAGGGUUCCUUGAUUGAAAAGACGAAAUUACGUGAAAACUUCAAGAAACUUGUUAACCACAUCAACUUGCAAAUCAAUACUGCUUUUGGAUACUCCAUUCUCGAAGAUUACGUGCUCAAAUACACCUGGUCGGCAUGGGGGUACAUCUUCGCGGGCUUACCAGUAUUUUUGGACGAAUUGUGGCCCAAAAAUCACAAAACCCUGGAGCCAGAUAUGGGGGAAACUGAACAGUUGGAAAAGCCAAACUCCGUCGAAAACCAGCGCCAGAAUAUGCGUCAAUUUAUUAUUAAUAAGAGACUCAUGUUGUCGCUUGCUGAUGCCGGCCUGCGCUUGAUGUACUCGAUCAAGGAUGUUUCUGAGCUCACUGGUUACACUGAUAGAGUGUUCAGUCUUUUGACUAACCUCCACAGAGUACAUUCUCCUAGAUUUGAUUUUGGUGACAAGUAUGGUAUCUCUGACAUCAACGGUACCAUUCAGCAAAACUACAGUCAAGGUCUCCGUUUUGAACAUAUUCCGGUAAUUAUUCCUUCAGAGCAGGGCUCGGAAGGAACAGCUCUUGUGAAGGAUAUCAAUAUCAAAUUGACUGGUGCGAAGAAUCUUUUAAUUCUUGGUUCUAAUGGAUGUGGAAAAACACUGAUUGCACGAAUUAUGGCCGGCUUGUGGCCGUUGUAUCUGGGACUUUUGUCAAAGCCAAGUGAGGACGAUCUCAUGUAUUUGCCCCAGAAAACCUAUUUUACCACCGGUAAUUUGCGUGAUCAAAUCAUCUAUCCCUUUUCAUACGACGAGAUGAUCGAGUUGGGUUAUAAUGAUGACUAUUUGUACCACAUUUUGCGGGAGGUCAAAUUGGAAUACUUAUUAGAACGCGAGGGUAAUUUCAACGUUGUCAAGGAUUGGAAAGAUGUGCUUUCAGGGGGCGAGAAACAGCGGAUUCUGAUUGCCAGAGUGUUGUUUAAAAGUCCUAAAUUUGUUGUCUUGGACGAGGCAACCAACGCUGUGUCAACUGAUGUGGAAGACUACUUGUUUGAGUUGUUGAAACAGAAAAAGAUUAGCUUCAUCACCUUGUCACAUCGUCCUCUGUUAAUGAAGUACCAUGACUUCAUCUUGGAGUUGAGGGAUCAGUCACACUGGAAAUUCCAUGACUUGACUCUGGAGGAAAACUUGAGAAGCAUUGACGAUGAGAUCGAUGAUCUUAAGAAGAAGUUGAAUCAAGUCGAAAAGUGGGAGAAGCGCAAGCUUGAUAUUGAACUGUAUCUUGAUGGUCACUAUCCUGAUUUGAGUGAACCUGAUCCUAAGUUGUUGGCUGAACAACCAAAAAUUGGCGAGUCCACUGAAAAGUUAACUAUGAAGUUAGAUACCCCACCGAAGUCGUGA